ACAUGGCAUAGUGUUAGUACACCAUUUUAGAUCCGUUUUGGUUCAACAGAACAAUAUUUUGUUACGAUCAUAGCCAGCAAUUGCAAAAAAGAUUUAGGUGGUAUUACAUAAAAUUAACUUUUUUUGAAAAGUUGGUGCCAUUGAGUCUGGUGUUGUGUAGCCUAUGCUAUGUAGGGCUAGUAAACGAGUAGGCUAUACGGUAAUUAAAGGUCACAGUGAUGAGUGUGGGUGUGAUGUAAAAAAGAGGAUGACUUGAGUAGAUUACCCUCUAAUUAAUAGUAAUGCACAGAAUACACAUUAAAUUACGAAAUGCAAGCGCUUUCUCGACACUGACAAACGAGAUAAAAAAAAAAAACGAGAAAAAAAUCUGAGAAAAAAAAGGUUAAAUAUUUAAAGACGUCGACCAGACUUCUGAAUAACGCUCACAAAUAUAGCCCACUUUUCCCGUUUGGACAAGAUAAUAAUAAAAAUAGAAAACUCCGGUCAGCAGCUGUUGCUAUCCCGUUAACUUUUCAGCUGUACAUAAUGACAUACGUUGUUUUCCCACUGUUUCUCUUUUUUACCAUGUCCAUGAAAAGUGGGUGGGAACAGUCCGUUUCCGUCGUUCACUAUUCGGUAAAGCAUAAAGUUAUAUUUCAAUAACACAACACAGCAACAGCUUGAAUUCUCAGUAAUAAACUAAAAAUGGCUUCAUCGCCACAGAAAUCUCCGUCUUCUCCAAAAUCUCCGACUCCAAAAUCACCACCUUCAAGAAAAAAGGAUGACUCUUUCCUUGGAAAACUCGGAGGAACUUUGGCCAGAAGAAAAAAGGCGAAAGAAGUUUCUGAGCUGCAGGAGGAAGGGAUGAAUGCCAUCAACCUGCCCCUCAGCCCCAUCCCAUUUGAGCUCGACCCUGAGGAUACCAUGCUGGAAGAGAAUGAGGUUCGCACCAUGGUCGACCCCAACUCCCGGAACGACCCUAAACUGCAAGAACUGAUGAAGGUACUUAUAGACUGGAUCAAUGAUGUGCUGGUGGGGGAAAGAAUCAUUGUCAAAGACCUGGCUGAGGACCUUUACGAUGGGCAGGUUCUGCAGAAACUCUUUGAGAAGCUGGAGGGUGAGAGGCUGAAUGUGGCUGAGGUGACACAGUCUGAGAUUGCCCAGAAGCAAAAGUUGCAGACUGUUCUGGAGAAGAUCAACGACACUCUGAAGGUCUCAACCAGAAACAUAAAAUGGACCAUUGAUUCUGUCCAUGCAAAAAGCAUCGUGGCCAUUCUCCAUUUAUUGGUGGCGUUGUCUCAGCACUUCCGUGCCCCGAUCCGCCUACCUGAUCAUGUUUCCAUUCAAGUUGUGGUUGUACAGAAACGGGAGGGGAUACUGCAGUCUCGUCAGGUUCUGGAGGAGAUCACAGGAAACACAGAGGCUCUGUCAGGAAGACAUGAGCGAGAUGCAUUUGACACCUUGUUUGACCAUGCACCCGAUAAGCUGAAUGUGGUAAAAAAGACACUGAUCACUUUUGUGAACAAGCAUCUCAACAAGUUGAACCUGGAGGUGUCUGAAUUAGACACACAGUUUGCUGAUGGUGUUUACCUGGUGUUGUUGAUGGGACUGCUUGAGGGCUACUUUGUUCCUCUUUUCAACUUCUUCCUUACACCAGAAAAUUUUGACCAGAAGGUGCACAAUGUUGCCUUGUCCUUUGAACUGAUGCAAGAUGGCGGCCUGGAGAAACCUAAGCCAAGGACAGAGGAUAUUGUGAACUGUGACCUGAAGUCUACUCUAAGGGUACUGUACAACCUCUUCACCAAGUACAGAAAUGUGGAAUAAAGAGGGGUAGCCGUUUAUUCAGUUAUAUCUACGUAUCUAUCAACCAAAUGCUCUGUUAAGAUAUAUAUUCCAGGGCAAACACAAUGCAUCUAUAUUUGCUUUGUCCUGUCUAAGCCACAAUUAAACCCAAGAACUGUGCAGGAUAUUGUAUAUUAUUUUGAUAUGAAGAGACAGGUAAAUACAGUAGAGUGUGAAAUUAUUAUACAACUUGAAAAUGUAUCUAAAUCCAGUUAUUUGGUUACUAAUAGUUUUUUUGAUUAAAUGUAUCUAUAUAUGCUAUAUAUAUAUAAUGUAUUUGUAUAUACAGUGGUGAGAACAAGUA